AUGGCCCUUGGCCUCGUCGCCUGCGCCGGCUCGGCGCUCGCCGCCAACGCUGCCACGCAGUCCGUGCUCGCCGCCGUCGGCCAGAUCGACACCGACAUCAACAUCAUGGGCGCCUCGUUCCAGGAGUUCGCCGCCGGCACGACUGACCAGGAGUCGUCCGACGCCGCGCAGAACGCCGCCUCGAACCUCGUGUCGACGCUGCAGACGGCCAUCUACGUCGUGUCGCAGCCCGGCGUCAAGGUGCAGGGCUCGGACGUGCGCAAGAUUGUCAACACCCUCCAGACCUCGGCCGCCACCAUUGACUCCAUCGUCGAGGCCCUGAUCGAGAACAAGGACGCCAUCACCCAGGCCGGCCUGACGGACACCGUGUCGCAGGCUCUCCCCCCGAUCGCCCAGACGUACGAGUCCUUCUUCGAGGCCGUCGUCGCCGUCGCCGACCCCAAGUACCAGCCGUCGCUGCAGGCCGCUGCCGACCAGAUCAACGGCGACAUCGACGAGGCCGUCGCCGCCUUCCCGGCCAGCACCGACGGCCAGCAGCGCCGCGCCCUCGGCCGCAUCCAGCGCCGCUCCAACCGCGCCUAA